AUGGCUGCUGCCCUCGAGGUCUCGACGGAGGCCUCGACGGUCGCUGCGAAGCACGACCUCCUCCCGACGGUGCUGCAGCGCGUCGCGACGGCCAUGUGCCUGCCCGACGACGACGUCGCGGCGCUGUCGCCGGCGCUGCGGCGCAAGGUGGGCCAGAUGCUGAGCGCCCGCGAGUUCGAACGCUACCGCCGCGCGGCGCUGGAGCUCGACGGCGUCGCGGCGGGCGUCGCGGCCCGGGACGCCAAGCUCCUGCCCGGCGGCUUCGCCGCCGGCGACCGCGUCGAGGUUUUCGGUUUGGUCGCGGCCGCGGACCGCAACGGAUCGCGCGGCGUCGCCGAGCGCCGCGAGAAGGACCGCGUCGCCGUCGUCCUCGACGACGGCGCGCGCCUCGCCGUCAAGCCCGAGAACCUGCGCCUGGCACCAUCAAAACCGCGCGACGACGACGUGGCGGCGUCGCUCGAGCCGUCUUCGGAGGUGCCGGUCGAGCCGUCGGCGUCCGCGUCGUCGUCGGACGCCGCCGCGUCGUCGUCGGACGCCGCCGCGUCGUCGCCGCGCAUCGCGGCCGCGCUCGAGCUUAUAGAAGCGGAACGAGACGGCGCGCGGGCCGUCGAGCUCCUCGCGGCCGCCUUGGACCUCGCGCCCGCCGCGCGGAGCGUCGCGGCCGUCCGCGAGGCCGGCGGCGCCGCGGCGAGGCUCUACGUCGAGGAGAUGGCGGCGCGCGGCGGCGGCGGCGACGACGCGGCCUGGGAGCGCCGGAAGCUCGCCUGGCUGCGCUGCGCGGCGCUCCUGCCGCGGAACGCGGACGUUUUGGAGGGCCUCGGGAGCGACGCGGCCGCGCGGGGGCGGCGGCUGGCGGCGGACGCGGCCUUCGCGCUCGCGCGCGAGGCGGCGGCGGCGGACGCGCCGCCGGCCGCGGCGCCGGUCGAGGCCUGGCACUGGCCCAUGGUCGACGACGCGGCGCGCUUCGCGUUCUUCGACGCGUUCCUGCGGCGGGAGGCGCCGGGGAAGCGCGUGCUCGACCUCGGCGCGGGCUGCGGCGCGCUGAGCCUCGCGGCCGUCGGCCGCGGCGCAUCCUUCGUCGUCGCCUGCGAGCGGUCCCCGGCCCUCGCGGACGCGCUGCGGGCGACGCUCGCGCGCGGCGGCGUCGGCGCCGAUCGAUGCGACGCGCGGGACCGCGACAGCCGGCGGCUGGGGGCGGAGGAUCCCGUGGACGUCGUCGUCGCGGAGAUUUUAGACGCGGCGCUCCUCGGCGAGGGCGUCCUCCCGGCCCUCGCGGACGCGUACAGGAAGCACCCCGGCGCGGCCUUCUGCCCGCGACUCGCGACGCUGCGGGUGACGCCCGCGUCCUCGCCGGCGCUCGCGCGGCGCUUCGUCGCGGACGGCGUCCGCGCGUUCCAGCCCUACGACGUCGUCGAGGGGCUGGCAUACGAACCCCUCGCUCCGCCGGUGGACAUGGACCUGGACUUGAUAGAGCUUGCGCGGCGCGCCGCGCCGGCGGACGGCACGCGGCGGCGCGUCACGAUCCCCGGCGGGUUCGGGGAGACGACGGUGACGAGACGCGGCCGCCUCGACGCGCUCGUCGUGUCCUUCGUCCUCCGCGACGGCGACCGAUCGCUCGACUCGGCGGCGGGCCACUGGCGCGAGGCCUGCUUCUUCGUCGAGGAGCGGCCCGAGCUCGACGUCGGCGCGGCGCUGCGGAUCUCCGCCUCCACGGCGCCCCUCGACCACGGCGAGGGCGACGCGUUGCGCUUCGACGUCGCCGCGCCGUCCGCGUCGAUCGCCGUCCCGCCGAAGGCGCCGCGGAACGCCCUCGACGCGACGACCGACGACGUCGCGCGCUUCAACGACGGCGCCUACCGCGCCGCGCACGCGCGGGCCGUCGCCGCCGCGACGCCGGAGCGCGGCCGCGUGCUCGAGCUGGGGUUCUGCGACGCGCGGUCGAACGACGGGCCCGCGCUCCCAGCCUUCGGGCCCGCGACGCUGCGCUGCCCCGGGGGGCGCGCCGCGUCCAUCGUCGCCGCGGCGUCCGGCGACCGCUUCGACGUGCUCGCGCACUCGCUCGUCGAGCCGUCGGGGCUCCUCAGGCGCGACGCGCUCCAGGAGGUCGAGGCGCUCAAGCGCUUCGCGCUCAAGGCGGGCACGGUCGGCGCGCCGCGCGUGCUGCCCUCGGCGGCGACGGUCUUCGGCGUGUUGGUGGACGCGCCGGCGCUCGCGGCGACGAAGUUCACGCGCGAGGGGCGCCUGGGCGACCACGACGUGUCCGCGCUCGACGACCGCGCGGACGCGACGCUCCGCGACCUCGCGCCGGCGGCCUGCGCGCGCCUGCCGGCGCUCUGCGCGCCCUUUCCGCUCCUCGACCUCAACCUCGACGUGCGCUCCGCGAGCGUCGCGGAGGAGGCCGCGAGGGCCGCCGUCGCGUCGUCGCCGCCGGUCUCGACCCCGGGCGCGGCCCACGCGCUCCUCUUCUGGUGGCACCUGCGCUACGGCGGCGAGCACGGCGCCGUCGCCGAGACCGUGAGCACGGCGCCCGCGCUCGACGGCGGCGAGACGGGCGACGGCCACUGGCGCGUCGCGGGCGUCGUCCUCGACCGCGGCCGGGGGCUGCCGCUCGCGCGCGGCGACGUGCUGGACGUGCACCUCGCCGUCCGCGGGUCGAAGGUCGGCGUGCUCAAGACCGUGACGCGGCGCGCGAAGGACGGGGGCGCGGCGGCGAACCGGCCGGCCUAA